CGGGGCGAAAUUCUCUCUCGGGCUCAGGCCGGGCUUCCGGUGCACCAGGCCGGGGGCGGGAUGGGGCCUAGGAGGUCUAAGAACAGUGGGCCACGCUGACAGGCCGGGCGCAGGGGCCGGGGCGCGGCGCCACGUGGUGCUCCUGGACGCGCUUGCGCGGCUGAGUGUCAUGGCGCAGUGGGGCCCCGUGGCGCGGUGGGGCCGGCGGGCUCUGUCAGCUCUCGGGCCGUGGGGCCCCGGGAGUAUUACAGGUAGAAGAAGGUCCAUAUCUCUUUCUGUAGGUGCUUCAGGGAUUUUUGGAAGCAGAGGCAACAGUGAGAAGAAGUUUUCCCUGCAGGAUGUAGCUGAGCUGAUUCGGACCAGAGCCUGCCAGAGAGUGGUGGUCAUGGUGGGUGCUGGAAUCAGCACACCCAGUGGCAUUCCGGACUUCAGAUCUCCAGGGAGUGGCCUCUACAGCAACCUCCAGCAGUACAACAUCCCAUACCCAGAGGCCAUUUUUGAGCUCGAAUUUUUCUCUCAUAACCCCAAACCCUUUUUCACUUUGGCCAAAGAGCUGUACCCUGGGAACUAUCGGCCCAAUAUUAUUCAUUACUUCUUCAGGCUGCUCCAUGACAAGGGCCUGCUUCUGCGGCUCUAUACCCAGAACAUUGAUGGACUUGAGAGAGUGUCUGGCAUCCCAGUUUCAAAGCUGGUUGAAGCUCACGGAACCUUUGCCUCAGCCACCUGCACUGUCUGUCGAAGGUCCUUCCCAGAGGAGGAUUUCUGGGCUGAUGUGAUGAUGGACAGGGUGCCAUGCUGCCCAGUUUGCGUUGGCAUCAUGAAGCCUGAUAUCGUGUUCUUUGGGGAACCACUGCCUGAGAGGUUCUUGCUACAUGUGCUUGAUUUCCCCAUGGCGGAUCUGCUGCUUAUCCUUGGGACCUCCCUGAAGGUGGAACCUUUUGCCAGCUUGUCUGAGGCUGUAGGUGGCUCAGUGCCUCGACUGUUCAUCAACCGGGACCUAGUGGGGUCCUUUGCUUGGCGUCCUCGCAGCAGAGAUGUGGUCCAGCUGGGGGAUGUGGUUCACAGCGUGCAAAGGCUGGUGGAGCUUCUGGGCUGGACAGAAGAGUUGCAGGAUCUUAUCCAGCGGGAAACUGGAAAGCUGGAUGGACGAGACAAAUAGGAGGGUGAUUGUCCCAUGUACAAGAAACAAUUAGAGAUCUACAUCCCAUUUCUGAAGACAGCCUGGGCAGACUCACGCAUCUUGGCCAAACCAUGACAUGCAGCCCGAGGUACUGUGGGUGCUGGAGGGCUGUACCAGGACCUCUGCUGGGCAGGACGUUUGUGCUCAGGACCACCUAGCCAUGGAUGCCAAAGAGCUGCCUGGCCUGUUUGGUGCAUCUGGGUCUUUACUCUGCUGAUAAUCUCAAUGCAAGACAUUUUGUGCUGAGGGUGAACCCCUGGAAUAUAAGCAGACAACUGGAAUCCUAGCUGUCAGGAGGCAGCUUGGCACAUCUGUUAGACCUGGGCUUGGGCUCAGGUGAUGUGCUAGGGUCUUCUAGCAUGUUUCUCUCUGCAGUAGGAUUAUUGUUAGAGAAAGUGUUAUCCUUCAUUCUUGCAUGAAAUAAUUUUAGUAUCAAAAGUAUGUAUCCUUUUUGUUUUUGUCUCAUUAAAAGGACAACAGAUAUUAA